GAUCACUAACACAUGAGGGUUUGAUUGUUGAGAGUCCGCAACGUCCUCAAAGAAUAAUUUCCCUUUAUUCACACGUGAAAAGUGCAAUUCUAAGUGAAGCUUUAACUUAUUAUAUUUGUUGGAUUGCAAAUCUUUGGUGAACUAAUAGUGUUUUCCGAGUUUGUUUCAAGAAUAGUGAAAAUGGGAUCGGAAGAGCCUCGUCCCUACGAUCCUUAUCGGAAAGUAUCACUCGAACCGGAUGAUGAGAUCGUAAUAUCUGGCAUCUCGGGGAGGUUUCCAGAGUCGAAUAAUUUGAAUGAAUUCCGAGAUAAUCUUAUGAAUAAAGUGGAUCUCAUAACUAACGAUGAUCGUCGGUGGAAGUUAGAUCAUCCGGAAAUUCCGCAGAGAUUAGGAAAAAUCAACAAUCUAUCGAAGUUCGAUGCAGAUUACUUUGGUGUUCAUUUCAAGCAUGCACACACGAUGGAUCCGAUGUGUAGAAUGGCGUUGGAACAUGCUUAUGAAGCGAUUGUCGAUGCUGGAGUUAAUCCCCAGCAUCUGAGAGGAAGUAACACUGGAGUUUUUAUUGGUGCAUGUUUCUCAGAGUCUGAAAUGACGUGGGUUUACGAAAAACUUGAGGCGGAAAUAAACGGGGCUGGUCUCAUUGGCUGCAGCAGAGCUCUGUUAUCUAACAGAAUUUCUUACUGGUUAGGGGUGCAUGGACCGAGUUAUACCAUCGAUUCUGCCUGCAGCUCAAGUCUCUUCGCUAUGGAACAUGCAUACCGAGCAAUUCGGACUGGUCUAUGUGAUGCAGCCAUUGUAGGUGGCACUAAUCUCGUUCUUCAUCCAAAUGUAUCACUCCAAUUUGCUCGUUUAGGUGUUUUAUCGCAUGAUGGUCGAUCGAAAUCAUUCGAUAACAGUGCGAAUGGUUACGUAAGGAGUGAAACAAUCAGUGUAGCCUUCCUUCAGAAAGCGAAAAAUGCAAAACGUAUCUAUGCCACUGUUGUACAUGGAAAAACGAAUUGUGACGGCUUCAAACCACAGGGAAUUACAUUUCCAUCGAGUCAGAUUCAAAGUGUCCUUCUGAGGGAUUUUUAUGAGGAGUGUAAAGUACCACCAUCUUCAGUGGCAUACGUUGAAGCCCAUGGCACUGGAACGAAGGUGGGAGACCCUGAGGAACUAAAUGCAAUUGAAUCAGUUUUCUGUCCUGGGAGAAAUGAACCAUUGAAGAUUGGCUCAGUCAAAUCGAACAUUGGGCACGCUGAGCCAGCCAGUGGAAUGGGUCAAAUUUCAAAAGUUCUUAUUGGCUAUGAGAGCGGACUUAUUCCACCGAAUUUGCACUAUAAAGAGCCACGUGAGGGUGUUGAAGGUCUUGCAAAUGGAAAGCUACAAGUUGUUACCGAACCGACACCUUGGAAGGGAGGAUACGUUGGUAUAAGUUCAUUUGGCUUCGGUGGUGCUAAUGCUCAUAUUCUCCUCAAGUCUAACCCUAAAGAAAAGAUCAAUAGUGGGGCGCCUCAGGAUGAUCUUCCAAGGCUUGUUGUUGCCUCUGGAAGAACUGAGGAAGCAGUUAGCUCGAUUUUAGCAGAUGUUGAAAGUCGUCCAGUUGAUGUAGAAUACGUCCGCCUGCUUCACGACCUUCAUGCAGAGAAUCUUGCAGGUCAUCUUUAUCGUGGUUACACGGUUGUAGGCACUUCCAGCCCUAAAAAGAAGCUUCGAGGGCUCAAGUACUAUGCGGGGACCAAGCAUCAAGUCUGGUUCCUCUUCUCAGGAAUCGGUUCCCAAUGGCCAGGCAUGGGCACAUCUCUUCUUCGCUUCCCAGUCUUCGCGAAUUCCAUAAAGAAAUGCGAUGCAGUUUUGAAACUGCGUGGAAUAAACAUCUAUGACAUCUUGACGAAUCCCGUCGAAGCGAUCUUCAAGAAGCUCUCCAAUUGCUUAGUUGGAAUAGUAGCGGUGCAGAUUGGUUUAUUUGAUCUCUUAACAUCUUUAAGAAUAUUUCCAGAUGCUAUUAUCGGAUAUUCCUUCGGAGAACUGGCUUGCGGCUACGCAGAUGGUUCUCUUACAGUAGAACAAACGAUCUUAGCCGCAUAUGGAGAAGCUCUAGCUCUGAUGGAAUCUAAUAAAAUCAGAGGUGCAAUGGCAAUGAUUGGUUUGGGAUAUGAGCAAACUCAGAAGCUUUGCCCAUCAGAUAUCGAAGUUGCUUGUCACAAUGGCCCUGAGAUGACUGCCGUAAGUGGUCCAGUAGAGUCAAUCAAAUCUUUGAUUGCAAAACUUUCAGCAAAUAACAUCUUCGCUCGAGAAAUUCCAUGUAAUGAAAUCGCAUAUCACAGCAAAUGCAUAGCAGAUGUUGGACCAAAGCUCUUUGCAUACUUGAAGAAAAUCAUCUCAGAACCUAAACCUAGGAGUUCUAAAUGGCUCAGCACAUCGAUACCCCAUUCACAGUGGAAGUCACCUCAGGCAAGACUGUCUUCAGCUGAAUAUUUUACGAACAAUCUCCUUGCUCCUGUUCUUCUCAAAGAGACAACUGCACUUAUUCCCAAAGGUGCCGUUGUCAUCGAGAUAACACCUGAUGGACUUCAAGAUAUUCCGAAAAGUUCUUUCAAUUCUGAAGUCAUCCAUAUGACUCUCACUCAAAAUGGACAUCAGGACAAUGCUGAAGUUUUCCUGCAGGCAAUUGGAAAAUUUUAUGAAAAUGGAUUACAGCCUGCUAUUUGGAAAUUGUACCCUGAAGUAAAAUUUCCCGUAUCUAGAGGGACACCCAUGUUAUCUCCAUUAAUCAAGUGGGAACACUCUGAAGACUGGUUCGUUACCUCCUACAGAACGCAAGAGAAAAUCGAUUCAGGGGAGAGGAUUGUGGAGUUGGCCAUGACUGAUGAGGAUUAUGAAUAUAUGGAGGGACAUGUCAUUGAUGGGAAGAAUCUCCUACCUGCAACUGGAUAUUUGUCCCUCGUCUGGGAAACUAUAGGAAUGAUGAAGGGAGAAUUGUAUACUGAAGUGCCUGUUGUGUUUGAAGAUGUGCGGUUUUUGAGGGCUACUACACUCUCGAAAGAUGUCACUUUUGAGUUAACUAUUACGAUUCAGAAAGGUACAGGGAAGUUUGAAGUAGUAGAAGGAGGUGUAGCAGUGGUAACGGGAACUGUUCGUCACACACCGAAUCCCCAGCAAGAACAGAUAAGCUUCCCAAUAACAAACAAAGAGGAACCUGAACAAAUGACCAGUAAAGACAUCUACAAAGAGUUCAGAUUACGUGGAUAUCAGUAUUCUGGACUAUUCAGAGCUCUUAAGAGUGCUACCACUGAUGGAUCCAAGGGAACCAUCCGUUGGGCAAAUAACUGGGUGGCCUUUAUGGAUAACAUGCUGCAAAUGGGACUUCUAGGGCGUGACACUCGCAGUCUUUUCGUACCUAUAGGAAUUGGAAAACUAACGAUCAAUACAAGGAAGCAUUAUCAACAGAUCCGUGAGAUGCCACGUGAUAAACAAGAAUUCAAGGUUUAUACGAGCAAGCAACACGACGUAAUCUUCUCCGGUGGCGUCCAAAUCCGUGGUUUGCAGGCCAGUGCAAUAGCCCGAAGAAAGCCACUAGGUGAUCCCGUUCUGGAGACCUAUAAAUUUGUAGCCCAUAGAGAUCGUGCAGACAUACCUUUAAAAGAUGCAGUCCGUUUGGCGACUCACCUUGCUCUCGAAAAUCACCUCGGCCUCAAGGUGAAAACCUUAGAAACCCUACAAGCAGGGGAGAAACAUCUUCCAGAAGAACUUCUUUCCUUUCACAUAUCAGAGACUUUGGCGAAUCUACCCAUGGUCCAGGCAGAUGUUAAUAUCGUCACCGCAGAGAAUGACUUACGCCCCGGAGAUAUUCCUGAGAAUAUCAAUAUCACAGAUUACAAGAAAUUAACUCCAGAAAUGAAUGCAUUGAUUUUAGCAGGACGUAACCUCCUAGCUGCGCAAAAAGAUGAAUCAAUAAGUCAGCUUCUGACAACCCUGAAGGACGGAGCUUUUGCUGUAACCCUGGAAUCAUCACCUCCACAAGAAGUUAUUCAGUCAUCUAAAAAAUAUGGAUUGAACAUAGUUUUUGAAAAAGUUGUUCGCGGAAUCACUUUUUUGCUUCUUCGGAAAAUCGAAAGAAUACCUAAGAAUACUAUCGUAAUACCUGUAAACAAUGAACAAUUCUUCUGGGUGAACACCUUACAAACAGCGCUAAAGGCAGAGGUUGAACGAAACGUCACGGGAUCAUCGAGAAUUUUGCUGAUCAGUGAUAAAGCAUUUGAGAAUGGACUUUUGGGUCUAGUCAAUUGCCUUCGAAAGGAGCCUGGUGGGGAAAUAGUUAGAGGGCUAUUGAUUCAAGAUUCGAAUGCUCCAAAUUUCUCGCUCUCGGAGCCCCUGUAUGCUGAUCACCUAAAGCUGAAUCUCGCAAUAAAUGUCUUGAGAUCAAGAGGCACAUGGGGAUCAUAUAGACAUCUUCCCCUACCAUCGAUCACAUCACGUCCUGUCUACCAUGCCUGGGCAAAUCAGCUCGUGAGAGGUGAUCUUAGUUCAUUCCGUUGGAUGGAAGGGCCAAUCACACCGAAUUGCAAGCUUUCUAAUCAGGUCAGGAUUGUUUACUCAUCAAUAAAUUUCAAAGAUAUCAUGUUGGCCACUGGAAAACUUACUCCUGAAAUUUUCGUUAAAUCGAGGAGUGCAGCAGAGUGCGUUCUGGGAAUUGAAUAUGCUGGAAUAAAAACGGAUGGUUCCAGAGUAAUGGGGAUGGUCCUUUGUCGUGCUAUGACGAAUAUUUUGAAUUACGAUCCUACUCUCGCUUGGAAUGUCCCUGAUUCUUGGACACUAAAAGAUGCAGCUACCGUACCCUGUGUUUAUGGUACUUGCGUUUAUGCUCUUUACUUCCGCGGCAACAUGAAAAAGGGUGAUAAGGUACUGAUUCAUGCUGGAUCCGGUGGUGUUGGACAAGCAGCUAUCAAUCUUGCACUUUGGACUGGAUGUGAAGUUUUCACUACUGUUGGUACUAUGGAAAAGAGAUUAUUCAUUCGGAAGACGUUCCCCCAGAUUCCUAACGAUCAUAUUGGGAAUUCUAGAGAUACCAGUUUUGAGCAAUUGGUGAUGAAUAAGACGAAUGGAAAGGGUGUUGACAUUGUUCUUAAUUCACUCGCUGAUGAGAAACUUCAGGCUUCGGUUAGAUGUCUAGCUGAGGGAGGCAGAUUUUUGGAGAUUGGAAAAUUCGAUAUGGCUAAUAAUAGUCGUCUAGGAAUGUCUGCGUUCUUGAAAGAAAUAAGUUUUCAUGGAAUUUUGUUGGACAAAAUUUUCGAUGAUACCGAGCAAAAGAGGAACGAACUUCAUGGUCUGAUGCAGAAAGCAUUGGACGAUGGAGCUGUUAAGCCACUCAACGUCACCAUCUUUUCCAGGGAUCAAAUUGAACCUGCCUUCAGGUAUAUGGCUGCUGGAAAACACAUCGGUAAAGUAAUCCUUGAGGUUCAAGAUGAAAAGAGCCUGGGGGUUUCAAUCCCGGCCCUCCCACGAUACCACUGCCGGAAAAACCGCUCUUACAUAAUUCUAGGGGGUCUGGGAGGCUUUGGGCUGGAACUGGCUGACUGGCUAGUUCUUAGAGGAGCUCAACACCUAAUCCUCACAUCCCGUUCAGGGGUCAAAAACGGUUAUCAACUCAUGCGGGUCAAACUCUGGCAGAGCUACGGCGUUAAGGUCACCAUUAUUACUGGGAAAGAGGCAUCAGACGUAGGAGAUUGUGAAGAGAUUUUGUUGGCAGCAUCAAAUCAAGCUCCAGUGGAUGCGAUUUACAAUCUUGCGGUCGUCCUCAAGGACAGCCUCUUAGAGAAUCAAACACUAGAGUCGUUUGAAGAGUCCUUCAAGUCCAAAGCUUGGAGUACAAAAAAUCUUGACAAACUUUCUAGAAGGUUGUGUCCAAAACUCCGUCAUUUCGUUGUCUUCUCUUCGGUCUCCUGCGGACGCGGUAAUGCAGGACAAACAAACUAUGGAAUGUCCAAUUCAGUCAUGGAGAGAAUCUGUGAAAGACGAGCUGCUGAAGGACUUCCAGCCCUUGCAAUCCAGUGGGGAGCAAUUGGGGAUGUUGGGCUCGUCGCAGACAUGCAGGAUGAUGACAAAGAGCUCGUGAUUGGCGGUACUCUCCAACAGAAGAUAACAUCCUGCCUCCAUGCACUCGAUGGCUUUCUCAAUCAGAGUUGUCCUGUUGUUGCAAGCAUGGUGGUCGCUGAGAAGAGAGCAGGUGGCAGUGGCACCCUCAAUGUUGUCGAUACUGUCCUCAAUAUCAUGGGUCUCAAAGAUCUGAAGUCAGUUGGCCAACACACAUCACUAGCUGAACUCGGAAUGGACUCUAUGAUGGCAGUAGAAAUAAAGCAAACCUUGGAGCGUGAAUUCGAAAUAUUUCUCACAGCGCAAGACAUUCGUGGCUUGAACUUUGCCAAAUUAAGUGACAUGAUUUCGAAGGAUCCUGAGUCAGUGGUGGAAACUACAACCAGUACCGAUGAAAAAGCUCCUUCGAUAAUGAAUCUGCUGGUUAAGCUUUUGGGCACAGACGAGAGUAUAAUGAACAAAAUAAGCUUUACAUUACCUACCAAGCAAGAGAGGGGACACGAGGAGGUGUUCUUCAUCCCUGGAAUUGAAGGUUUCGGUUCUGUUUUCAUGAAUAUUGCACCUGAGAUCAAAGCUCCUGCUACUUGUCUGCAAUUGGAUCCCAUCAGCGACUCCAUUGAAGAUUUAUCUACCAAAUUAUUGCCUGUCGUUCUGAAGAAAAACCAAAGUCGGAAAGAUUUUCUUAUCGUAGGAUACUCGUUCGGAUCUCUAGUGGCAAUCGAAAUGGUUCGACAUUUAGAAGCGCAAGGUCGUAAUUGUCAACUAAUUCUGGUUGAUGGUUCUCCAGAAUUCUUGAAGACUAUCAGAAAUCACCAGUUACGAGCCGUAAAUGAUGAUGACCUCGGCACUAAUAUGCUCAUUGGUAUUACUGAUAUUGUGGCCCCCCAUGUUAGUGGGGAUCUAUAUUUAGAACUCAAAAAAUGCAAAACGUGGGAAGAGAAACUCAAUGUAUAUAUGGACCGAAUACCAGAUGAUGCAAUGAAAAUCUCGCCUGAGGGCCAAAGGAAUAUCACUAUUGCUAUUUAUCACCGCCUUAUAGCUGUUGGAAAUUACGAUCCUUUAAGACUCCCACCUCUGAAAUCUUCAAUCACAUUAUUGAAGCCCACCUUAGAGAGUUUCAAGUAUCUUUCUGCAGAUUAUGGACUCACGAAGUUGACGACGGGGGGCGUGAAAAUUCACAGACUCGAGGGAAACCAUGUAACAAUACUGGACAAUCCGAAAGUAGCAGCUGCAAUAAAUGGAGAGUUCCUCGAAGAUGCCAACCUUUGAAUUAUUAUAUUUCUUCAUUGGGAUUUUUGAUUCAGGAACAAUAAAUGAAUCUAUUCAAUUUGACUCAUUUCAUCUUUCAAAAUUUAUUACUGAUGGUGAAAUGUUGAAAUGAUUCAAGCCCAAAAUAUAAAAAUUAAAACUAUUAA